AGUGUUCCAGGUCAUUCAGUCUCUCUUCACUCAAUCGGUGAGUUGAGGGGACGGGUGGCCAGUGUAAGGAGUCGCCGGGCGGUACUCUAUUUUGAACGCUUUUGGGGAGAGAGACACCACAGAAAUUUACACCUGCAGACUACCGAAGCGAUUCACGGUUACGACUUAUGUGCAAUUGUUCAGCCCAGUGACUGCGCCAGUCGCACAACCAACAAACGCAAGGCAAGGCUAUCAAAAACUAGCCUGCUAGCAUCCCUGAAAGCUGACGAAAUCAAGGUGUUGAUAGCUAGCCUCCUAGCUAAGUAUCCAUCAGCUAACAUCCUCCUGUUGUAGCAUCAUUUAGCCUGGCUGUCCUCCGUGCGCACGUCGACACUUCAGCAACUACUCGUGACGGAGCCUCUCCGGUCGUUCGUUCUAAAUCACACAUUCAGACUAAACAGACAACGACUCCCCCCAACUGGUUGCUGGAGAAAGCGUCUGCGUUGCAUUAGUUGACACCAUCACACCCAUCUCCCCAACCCCUUCACCUCUGCCCCUCUUCCUCUACUCGAAACACUGGAAAUCCACAAGCGACCAGAUAGCGGCGAAGGGCCGGCGAAGCUGGGGGUGGUAACCUUACCGGACCCAGAGGGAGUCAUAACGGCUACAGACAAACUUAGCCGUGGGGAUCUACCGACAAGUAUGGACGGGCUGGCCGUGGAAGUUCGCGGCUCAAAUGGGGCCUUCUACAAGGGUUUUAUCAAAGAUGUCCAUGAAGACUCUCUUACAAUUGUGUUUGAAAACAACUGGCAGCCAGAAAGACAGCUGCCCUUUAGCGACGUAAGAUUGCCUCCUCCAGCCGACUAUCAUAAAGAUAUUGGAGAAGGUGAAGAGGUAGAGGUUUACUCCAGGGCCAACGAACAGGAGCCAUGUGGAUGGUGGCUGGCGCGAGUCAGGAUGAUGAAGGGAGAGUUCUACGUUAUCGAAUAUGCAGCAUGCGACGCCACAUACAAUGAGAUUGUCACAUCAGAACGCAUAAGACCUGUAAACCCCAACAGCCCUUCCUCUCGAAACACUUUUCACAAGGUCCCCAUUCCUGUCCCAGAAGACCUGAGGGAUAUCUGUGUAAACGACAAUAUUCACAAAGACUUCAGGAAAGCAAUUGGAGCAAACUGCAUCUUCUACAGUGCCCAAACGCACGAACUCAUUGUUCUGUCUACAAAUGACACAACAAUAAAGCGUGCUGGUCUCCUGAGUGACAUGCAUUUCCGAAGCAUCCGUACCAAGCUUAUACUUAUGUCACGUAAUGAGGAAGCCACGAAACAUUUGGAGACAAGUAAGCAGUUAGCGUCAGCAUACCAAGAAGAGGUAAGAGUAAGAGAAGACCUGAUGGGCCUCGCCAUUGGCUCUCAUGGUGCCAACAUCCAGCAGGCAAGGAAGGUGCCUGGUGUUACAGCCAUUGAACUGGAGGAGGAGAGCUGCACAUUCAGGAUCUAUGGAGAGACUCCAGAAGCAGUGAAACAGGCCAGAGAAUAUCUUGAGUUUAAAGAAGACUACUUUCAGGUACCCAGGAAUCUUGUCGGCAAAGUCAUUGGCAAAAAUGGCAAAGUCAUCCAGGAAAUAGUGGACAAGUCAGGCGUGGUGCGUGUCAGGAUCGAAGGAGAUAAUGACAAAAAGCUUCCCCGGGAGGAGGUAGGAAGGCAGGGGGCUGGCAGAGACGACACUACCUCCAGCAAAGAGGGCAUGGUCCCCUUUGUGUUUGUGGGGACUAAAGAGAACAUCAGCAAUGCACAGGCUCUGUUGGAGUACCAUGUGUCCUAUCUUCAGGAGGUGGAACAACUGCGUCUUGAGCGUCUCCAGAUUGACGAGCAGCUUCGCCAGAUUGGGGUUGGUUACCGUGCUCCACCGAGCCGAACUGGGGGACCCGGUACUGACAGGGAGAAAGGCUACAUGACAGAUGAGAGCAGCAACUCGCUCCACACUUCUCGUACCUACGGGGGCCGAGGCAGAGGACGCAGGGCCUCCAACAGCCAGUACUCUGGAUACGGCACAAACUCUGAACUCUCUAAUGCCUCUGAGUCAGAGGAUAUUAUUGAGAGAGACCAGAGGCCCCGUGGAAUAGGUGGUGAUGAGAGAGGCUCUCGAAGAGGUGGCAGGGGCAGAGGCUCCACUUCAGGAAGAGGCCGUGGAGGGACUGGAUCCAAGCCUUCCAACUCAAUCAGCUCAGUGCUGAAGGACCCAGACAGUAACCCUUACUCUCUGCUGGAGGGGGAAGGAGAGCUGGCUGAUGCAGAUGUUAGUGAAGGCGUGGGAGGAGAACGCCGACGACGAUCCCGGCGUCGUCGCAACGAUCAAGAGCCUAGUGUCAUGGACGCUGCUGUAGAGUCAGACAACCAGGCUGGCCCCAGUGAGAAUGGGCUUGAUGAAGAGGCCCGACCUCAGCGCCGCAACCGAAGCCGCCGCCGCCGUAAUCGUGGCAACCGCCAAGAUGGAGGGUCUGCUAGCCGUGAAAGACAAACUGGGGAAAAUGUGACAGUUGCUGACUACAUAUCCCGUCCUGAGUCUCAGAGCAGACAGAACGUGCUCCAGAGGGAAGACCACGCUGCCUCUGAACCCAAGGAGAACGGCACUAGUGCCAAGAAGGACGAAAAAACACCCUCCAAGCGUUCCCCAAGCAAAGGCAUGACCUCAGCCAGCGAGACGCUGACCCUGGUCAAUGGGGUCUCAUAAAGAGACGGCCCCUGCCCCUCACAAACCCAACUCUAGAGCAAGACUCCAUGGCAAACUCUGUCCCUGCUUGCAUUAACUUAAACCUUAAACAGAUGAGUGAAAAGUAUCUGACAAAAUACCUGAGUUCAUACUAUGAGAGUGAAAAACUACAAAAAAAACGACAAACGCAUCUUCUUAAAAAAACGUUAACGGUGUAUGCUACCCUAUCUAUCAGUACUUAGUGCUUAUUUAAAACACAACUAGCUUGCCAAAAAAGAGCUGGUGGAUAUGACUUGAUUUCUAAAAAUACCGAAACACGAGAUACAGGACAAGACUUUUUCUUUUUUUUUUUUUAAACGGUUGUCUUUGUGUCCUCUUUUAUGUUGAUGUUAUUUUUGUUCAUUGUUUAUCACUGGUUUGGACUCGGCAGUUGCUCUCUCAACCAAGACAGAAUGCGCCUUCAUUGUUAAAGUGCUAAUGAGAUAAAUGUCACAUUGCAGGUUUUGUUUGGCAUAUGAGCAGACAGUUCAGACAGACCGUUUACUUACGUGACAGGGUGUUCAACAGGGAACCUGGAGCCUGUGAGUGAAAUGAUAGACAUUGUGCCUUGAAUUUGAAAAAAAGAAAAAAAUUAAAAAAAUAUUUUUUCCAUAAAGAUUUUUUUUUUCCUCAGAGGAAGAAGAGGAUAUUCUUCCAGGGUCUUUUUUUUCUUGUUUGUUUGAUGGAGGGAACAGACCUGUUCCAAGAGUUGAGAAGUGAUAAGAUGAUCCGGAAAUGGAGGAUGUGACUGGCUAACGUAAGGAAAAGACUGGUGCCAAACAAAAUUCAUGGAGCUUGUCCUUAUUCCACUUAGAAUGGACUGUAUUGGGGGUCGGAGUGUGCUAUGUUCAAGCACACAUGUGCACAGCUGAGACAUUUGGCAACCGCAAAAACUAAACCGAUAAGGUCAGGUCUAAAAAAAUUUUUUUAAAGGCGUAACAAAGCCCAAGGCUCUUUAACAAGGGCUCUUAUGUUGACUUGUCGCUUCUUCCUCUUUGCCCGUUUUAGGUCUUUCGAGGGUCUAAGGUUGCACCUCCGCAUCCUUGUUAACGGGACACGGUGUUACCAGACAGACGGCAAACUUGAACUGUAGAUUUAGACAAAAAAAAAAUCUAUACCGUGCCUCUUUCUCUGUGUCAGAGGGGGUGGCGGUGCUAGCUUUCAGCCACACUCGUGUCUUGAUAAACAACUGCAGCACGCAGCUCUGGACACACACACGAGGGAAAAUACUUUUUCUGUGAUGGGUGUUGCUAAUGGGAGAGGGCCUGGAGACUGCAAAAUAUAGGAUUGGGACAGCGUCAAAUUGAAAUGAGAGCCACACACAGACCCAGAUUAACAGGUACACAGCGCACGAGCAAGUGGACGCGGUUUCCCGCAUGGCGCAAAGUGGAAGACUGAAAAAGAAAACCUUAAACAAACAACGUCUGUCCUGUACCUGGCAGGUUGGAUUGACAUAAGGAGUAAGAGGCGGACUGGAAACCUCAGUGGCUCUCUACCCAUGUUGUUCCUGUUGUCUUGGUAAACGCUCUCAAUUUUUUUGUUGCUAUUUCCACAUCUUAGAAAAUAUUAAAUAAAACAUUGAAGUGAAAUCAACCUCUUCUGUUGAGACGAACUUUGAUUUCUCUGUCUUGUGAGUUUGCCAGUCCAUUUUUCUAACUUGCAUGGCAUUUAGUUACUGAGUGGUUGGUGCCUGUCCUGUGCAUGAGGAAAAGGGUGUUAUUCAUCUGACUUACAAAGCCAUUGUUUAUUCACUAGAAUUGCUGCUAAUGUACACACUGAAUGUCCAACUAACGUAGAAGCUCUGCCUUUGGUAGAAACAAACUUUAUUUGUGACUGAAUCAACAUUUUCCUUCUGUUCAUCUGUCCUGAAUAUCCCACAUUCUGUCAUUGGACACAAGUCAGGAAGGGAUGUAUUCCUUCCAAUUAAUAAGUAUUUAAACCCAUUGGCAUCAUUGUGCGUGACUAGCAAGCGUAUACGUGACCAAAGGUUUGAGAGACAGAUGAUUAGGAGAAAGAUUUAUUUGAAAUGACCCAGAUGCUGCUGGUGUACAUUUCUGCCCAUGUUGUGUUUUAGAGAAUGAACGAGUAUUUGUACCUUGGUUCAACUGCAUGAGUGCGAAUAGAGCUGUAUCUGGUAUGUUUGUGGUUGCCUUUAUACCUCAUCAUGUGAGUACUGUAUUCGCUCAUGUAUCUGUAUCCCUUGCAUAGUUUUUGAAAGAGUGCUUGCUGCUUCGUGUUUGUGUGUGUGUAUGUAUGUAUGAAUGUUGGUUGUACAGUUGAUUCCUCACACAAUUUUUUGUCUCUGGUUUCUCACUCAUGUUCUGAUGGCAAUAAAGGACUUUUCAUUGUUUGGU